AUGGACCAGAUCCCACUUGUUCACUUCCUACUGCUGCUUGUAGCAACUUUGUUUUCUGAAAAUGAUGCUGUUCAACAUGAGGGAUGGAUGAAGUGUUUUGAUGAUCCUGACUAUGAAGAACUCCUAAAAAUUGCCAAAAAUGGGCUGAGAAAGACUUCUAAUCCAAAGACCAUUGUAAUUGUCGGGGCAGGAAUAAGUGGACUCACUGCUGCUAAGUUAUUAAAAGAUGCCGGACAUCAGGUUCGGGUUCUGGAAGCCAGUGAUUGUGUGGAUGGCCGGAUAAAGACCUACCGAGAAGAAGACUGGUAUGUGGAUCUGGGACCUAUGCUUCUGCCCAAAGCCCAAAAAAUUGUUCAUGAAUUUCUUAAGAAAUACAAAAUCAGAUUGAACCCAUUUCUUCUGACGGAUCAGGAUGCCUGGUAUUUGAUUCGAAAUGUGAGGCAAAAGAUGGCAGCCGUCAGUACCAACUCGGAGCUCUUCGGAUAUCAGCUGAAUCCCCGUGAGAGGGGAAAGUCUGUCAGCCAGCUUUAUGCGGAGACGCUGGAUAAGGUGUUGCAUUUCUGGCACUUCUAUCUCAUUUUUGAGGAAAUCGAAGGUGGGUUUGACCAGCUCCCCAAGAGCUUCUUCAAUAAAAUGCCUGGGAUAGUCCGUUUUAACUCCACAGUAGAGAAGGUUGUUCGAUCAGGCAAGAAAGUCAAGGUGUGGUUCCGCCAGCCAAACAGAUCUGUCUUGUAUCUGACUGCCGACUAUGUCCUCAUCACAGCUACAGCAAAAGCCACACGGCUCAUCCAGUUCCUUCCUGCUCUUUCCCCCACGAAGGCUCAUGCUCUGCGUUCCUGUCAUUACGCAAGUGCUACUAAAAUUGCCUUGGCUUGCACUGAGAAAUUUUGGGAGGAAGACGGGAUUCACGGUGGGAGAUAUAUCACAGGGCCAUCUCGGAUUAUCUACUACCCAAAUCAUGACUUCCCUCAUGGGCUUGGGGUGCUCCUGGUUUCUUACACCUGGAAUGAUGAUUCUGACUUUUUCAUUCCCCUCAGUGAUGCAAAGAGCAUCGAUGUGGUCAUGGACGACCCAGCAGAAGUCCACCAAGUGACCAAAGAUUAUCUCAGAUCUGUUUGCACUAAGCAUGUGAUACAGAGAUGGGCCCUGGAUAAGUUCUCGAUGGCGGCAUUUGUUUCUCCUACACCAUACCAAUUUAGCCACUUUUUCAAGAGUUUGUCUAAGAAUGAAGGGAGGAUUUACUUUGCAGGAGAACACACGGCCCACCCCCAUGGCUGGAUUGAAACAGCAAUGAAAUCUGCUAUUAGGGCAGGCAGUGGUAUUCACCAUGGGACUGACUGUGUAGUGCCACAGUGA